AUGUUCUAUGGGGGUUGGGUCUAUGACGAAGAUUUUAUUGGAACCUACACUGGUUCUGCCGGGGACUUGUUCGAAAAUGAUUCAAGGAGAAAAGAUAAAUAUCUCUUAGUAAUACACUAUAUAUCAAGACCUAAGAAGCAAUUGAGAGAGGUAUCUAGGUACGUGAUGCUCCGUAGAAAAGUAGGUGCCUAUAAAGGUGAUUUGCACAGGGGUCAGGAGGUAAUGAGCCACCUGGGAAGACAUAAUAAUAAAGCUGGUAUUAAGGUCAGGUGGGGACCCACUGCCUCUCGACCUGCAUUCAGUCGUGGCAGUUUAGGCCGGCUGAUCAAGGUCAAGAACUUAAUUUCGGAGAGAUCCACAGCCCGCUGGCCGGGUAACCGAUUAGCCUACCGGACAAAAAAGAAAGGAGAGGAAGAAGAUGGAAAAAGCAAGCCCAACCAACCGGCAGACAGACAAGGAAAAUGCGGAGAUCUUUUUUUCUUUGUUCUAUUUGCGGGAUUUGGCGCUGCCCCUGGUGCUGCUACAUGCCAUGACCACAACAAACCAAUCCUCCAAAGCCCCUUUGUCCACGGAGUACUCCGUAUUUGCACACUAAAAUUCCAUCGUAAAUUCAGUCACGAGCACGACGACCGCUUUCUAUGGAGUUCUACAGAGUACGGAGUAGAAUCCAUCCGAAAUGCCAUGAGCAACUGUCAAGCUCGGGCUCUUGGGCGGGGAGGGGCUCCCUUGCAUCCGUCUUGCAUCAUUUUUGGCAUGGAGUGCCGGCCCAGACGCGUGACAAAGCGCCGCAGGACAGUCGAGAAGGAAUCGAGGCCCAUUUUCUUGCAGAACGCGCUUAAGGUGAAUGCAGGUCCCUGUAGCACAGUAGCACAGCGUAGUAUUAUUCCUCUUGCUCGCCCCUCGGUUACAUGUCUUGCCCAGGAGGACAUGGUUCGAGCUGGAGAAGACGAACUCAAGCGCCAGGGACCGCGGUGCCUGUCGUCCAACGCUCCUGCCGCAAAUCACCGUUCUUGCCCGCGGCGCCCGGGACCCGCCCGCGCCGCCCCAAAGAGGAAAGGCCAACCCCUUGGACGAACCUUAGCUCGUGAUCGUGAAGCUGAAGCUGAAUCCCCUAUUCUGAUUGACGAACCAGCGAAAUCCUCAGGCCCCCUCCCCAUUUACCAACCCCCCUCUUCCCCCCCCGGAUUGUUGCAUGCAUCUUCUUCUCCUGCCCACGCCCCCUCCUCGUCCCUGGCCAGUGCUCCGUCCUGCCUUCUCUGGCCUUCUGCCGCGCUGUCAGGUCCCGUCUCCCCGUCUCGUCUCCUGUCCUAUCCUGUCCACUUGACGGCCUCCGUCUUAUCUCUCGUGCUCUGCUGCUGUGCAAAUUCAGUUCGGCCAACACAUCCCUCCCUCCUGCGACGCUUCUCUCCCUCGUCUUCGCCUGGAUGCGAUCUGCCUCUGCUGCCCAGCCCGCAUACAUUCCUGCGACAUUGGGCGAUUGACCAAUCGCUCCGCCGUCCCACUUGUCCACGUUGA